CAUUCGGUCCCUCUCAGCGGCCCCUCGUUGUAAAAAGACACGUACGGGAGGAUUACUUUGGCGCUCGUUGUUCGAUCCACACCAAGACAAACACUAGUGAAUUCAUUUGGUGAAAAAAAUAGUAAUUAAGAGUGUGGAAUACUCUCAAUUUACAAUGAGAGGCUUAAUUCUGCCCUUGCUAGGGCUUCUCGCCCUUGGAUGUGCUUCAAAGUGUCCUGUCCAACGAAUGUCUCCGGGCAGGGAGAUCUUGUGCUACACCUCAACUUUCGAUUUUAAGCAACUCGAGGAUUCCAUAUGCAGGUGUACGACUCUUGUGCAUCAAGGUCAUGAUCUUCAAGAUCUUACGACUACUGGUCUUGAAGAUCUUCGCAAGUCCUUGGUACAAUUAAACCCAGUGCUCCAGUUUGUAAUAAGUAUAAACGAUGCUCGAGGCAGACUAAAGACUUCGGCGGAUGCACGUCAAGAAGCUGUCGCACGGAUCUUGAGAGUUUUAAAUAAAGUGGACGGCGUUGAGCUCAACGUAACUGCGGGAACCAAAGAGCGGUUAGUGCAUUUCGUUCAAGGGCUGAAGAAUGAAAUUACCCGGAAGACGUUGAAGAAAAGAAUUAUUUUGGCUUUGCCGACUAAGUCCGAGCAGCUUGCCAAGCAGUUUGACAUUAAGGAACUUUCAAAAUACGUCGACUUAUUUGCCAUUCCGACACACUAUCUAACUGACGAGGUGGAAAAUUACAAGACGUUCCAUCCGUCCAGGCUGAUGGGACUCUUCGACUUGUUAAAUACCGACAGCCUGGUUGAUCUUGUACACGGCCUUGGAGCCGCCAAGAGGAAAAUUCUUGUUUCCUUACCAGCCAGCGGUUAUAAGUUUACCCUCAAGAUCAAGGACCUGAAUACACCUCGAGCACCGGCUGAAGCAAUCAGUCCCGUUUCUAUCAAUCAGGAGCAACUUUGUCGGGCUAUCAGUCAGGGUGAAUGGACCAUUGAGAGAGACGAAGAUCUCACAGCACCUUAUGCGUUUUCAAAUAAUUCUUGGAUCGCUUUUGAGGAUAAAAUUUCUGCUAAGAUAAAGGGAAAAUAUGUCUUACUCCGUGACUUGGCAGGCUUGGCCAUAAGAGACCUCGAAAAUGAUUUGAAAAAUGAUUGCGGAAAUACCAUCACUGAAAACGUUUACAAUUCAAUUACCGAAAAUAGGCGAAAAUCUCGAGAAGCUGUGUUAACUUCAUUAGAAGAUGAUAUUUAUAGUCCAGAAACUUCAUACCCGAAAAAUUUGAAGUCUUCUGACUACAGAAUCUCAAGAAUCAUCGAUAGCAAGGGACAAAUUCAAGCUGUGCGAGAAAAUAUCCAAACGGAGUUUUCUUGCCCUCAUCAAGGGUACUAUGUACAUCCGCUCAGUUGUAACAGAUUCUACCGAUGUGUGCAAUUCGAUCAGCAUGUUGAGCAGUAUAGUGUCUUCGAAUUCGACUGUCCUGCUGGCUUGGCCUUCGACGAAACUACGGAUGUUUGUGUGUGGCCUGGUUCCCUUUCGAAAGGUUCAGCGUGUCCUGGUAGUCCUGAAAUAGCGCCGUCGGCUCCUAAAAGGUUUGAGUGCUCGAAAGAAGGUUACUUUGCGGAUCCCGAAAACUGCCAAUGGUUUUUCGCUUGCAUGGACUUGGGAGGAGAAAAAAUGUUGGCGUACGAGUUUCAGUGUCCUUACGGAUUAGUGUUCGAUGAAAGUAAAUUAGCUUGUGAAUGGCCGUGGUUAGUUCCUAAAUGUGCUGGUACAAAUUAUGAACACAAAGGAUUUGGAGGUUCUGGACAUCCUGGAUAUGAUGGAUCUCAUGGAGACGGUGGUUAUGGUAGUAAAGGUCAUGGCGGUGAAGGUGGUCAUGGAGGUUAUGAUGGCAAAGAACAUGAUGGAGGAUAUGGAGACUAUGAUGGCAAAGGAUAUGAUGAUGGUUAUGGGGGCUAUGAUGGAAACGGGCAUGAUGGAGGUUAUGGGGGCUAUGAUGGCAAAGGACAUGAUGGAGGUUAUGAUAACAAAGGAAAUAAUGGAGGUUAUGGUGGAAAAGGACAUGAUGGAGGUUAUGGGGGCUAUGAUGGCAAAGGACAUGAUGGAGGCUAUGAUGGAAAAGGACAUGAUGGAGGUUAUGAUAACAAAGGAAAUGAUGGAGGUUAUGGUGGAAAAGGACAUGAUGGAGGUUAUGAUGAAAAAGGACAUGAUGGAGGCUAUGAUGGAAAAGAACAUGAUGAAAGUCAUGAUGGAAAAGGACAUGAUGGAAAAGAACAUGAUGGAGGUUAUGGGGGCUAUGAUGGCAAAGAACAUGAUGGAGGCUAUGAUGGCAAAGGAAGUGAUGAAGGUUAUGGUGGAAAAGGACAUGAUGGAGGCUAUGAUAACAAAGGAAAUGAUGGAAGUCAUGGAGGUAAUGGUGAAAAAGGACAUGACGGAAAUCAUGAUGGCAAAGGAUAUGAUGGAGGUAAUGGUGAAAAAGGACAUGCCGGAGGUAAUGAUGGCAAAGGACAUGAUGGAGGCUAUGAUGACAAAGGAAAUGAAGGUGGUUACGGAGGCUAUGAUGAAUCAUCUCAAGGUGGAGGUGGUGGUGAUUAUGGCGGCUACGAUUAUUCUGGUUAUGGUGGAAAAGGAAUUGAUGGAUUUUAUGACGGUGAUAGUGAUUACGGUGAAAAAGACAAAGGAAAAGAAGAUGGAGGACAUAAUGAAUCACAUAAUAACGGCGGAUCUCAUGGCGGUAAAGAUAUCGACCAUGGCUCUGAAAUGGGAAAAGGACAUGAGGGUGGUCACGAAGAAUCUCAUGGGACCAAAGAUAUGGGUCAUCACUACGAUGGAAUGGAAAAUGGGCACGAUGGAGGCAAAGAUAGCCACGGAAAUGAUGGUCACGACAUGCAUGGUUACGAUGGAUCUAAUGACGACAAAGAAAAGGAUGCUCAUCCUGGAAAAGAAGAUGAAUACCCCAAAAAACCUGAAGAUGAUUAUCAAGAAAAAGACCAAGACAAAGAAAGCGGGCACGGAUACACGACUAUCAACAGCUAUUCGACGAAUCCAGACUACCCUUCAGUAUUAUUCAGUGGAUACUCUCCUUCUUCCGGAGGCUACUCAACUGGUGCUGACCACUCAACUCAAACUGGUCCAUACAGACCUCAAUACUCCACUUCUGGGUACACUUAUUCUCGCCCUGGAUACCAAACUACAAAAUCAAACUCAUACUCUACCAACUACCAGAAAGACACUGUCCAUCCUGGCUACUCAACGUAUCCUCAAAGCCCAAUAUACCGCGGAGGUACAGGAUUUGUCACUAAAAGCUCUCACGCUCCUUCAGUCACCAUCUACCAAAAAGAAUUCACCAAACCUGGCUCUGGAACAACUUCUCCAGGCCUGUUUACUCCUGGUAAAACCUUCCCUGGAGUCCUAGAAGAAGGCAGCACAAUAAUCACCCGCCCCUCUUAUAGAAACGAGUAUUACCCUAACCAAGCCGGAGGAUCCUUCACACAAGGCGCCACUAUUAAAACGCAAGAAUCAUCCGUAACUUCAGGCAACCAAUUCUACACGAACGAGGCUGGAUUUGGAUCUAAGAUACCUACUCUUACUCCAGUCUCAUCGAUACCUUCUACUGGAAAUGGGUAUUACUCUACCGGAUUUGCUACUGGAAAUGGAUACUACACUCCAGACUUAAAACCUAAGGGAUACACAUCAGUAACUUCCACUGGAAACGAUUAUUACACAAACGAGGCCAGCAAAUCGUACAGCGGAAACACUUACUCAAAUCCAGGGUAUACUUCUGUCUACACUAAAAGUAACAUAAAUAAACAAUUCAAGACAACAAAUUACGGAAAUAAAGCUUUUACUCCCAUAGAAGCGAGUUAUCCAGGAAACACCUAUUACACAAACCAAUCAGGAUACAAUAAAACUAUAAGUGGUUCCAGCGGAACCUUGUUUACUCCCAAAAUGUCUGUAACGGCAACCGGUAACGAGUUCUACCCUAACCAGGCGGGUAACCCGAUAACCAAUCUAGAGAUUCCAAUAACCACUGCCGAUGAUGGCACCGGGUACAAGACAAAUGAGUAUUACGACAAUGGCGGCCGCGGUACUAUUCGCUACAAUAACGGUCUUGUUACUCACAAAUACACCGAGGAAGACAUUAAAGAUAAUGGAGCUAUUUUCCCAAUCUAUCCAACCCCCGAUUUCGGGCAGACCAACACCGUUAGUGCCAGCUCCAACGGAGUCUACACUCGAGGAGGAUUCACGAAGAUAGGACCGACCAAAACGGGAAUUACUACUGCUCAGAUUGGAGGCACCGGAAGCUAUGUAGCUCAAGAUUUAGAUAUACAAAAACCGAGGGGCAAACCAGACCAGAUUGGCGCUAACGCCUUCGGAACUGUUCCUUCUAAAGAAUCCGCUGAAGGUCAGGAUAAUUCAGUGUCUACAGUAACUCCUUUCUUUAAUGUGCAGGUGUACAAUGGUCCGAGUGUUGCGACAGCUUCACCGGCGGUUGCUAAUACGUACUCCUACGCGAAAUCAACGACUCCCCAGUAUCAGGAAAACAUGUAUCAGUAUGAUAAGACGUCUAUUGCUGCCUCUGCUGGGAAAUACAGCGAACCUGGGAGAAAGUAUCCAACAUCCAGUGUGGGAACGGUCGGUUAUACCAGUUCCCCGGUUAUCGAUUAUCAGACCACGGUAUUCGAGGCCGCGAGAAUUCCAACCGUUCCGAAAGUAAAAGUUGAUGCUUCCUUUAGUACCGACGCUCCUCCAGUUCCAGCGGGUGGAUAUUCUAAUGGUAACGAUGGUUCCCUUGAUAUUAACGUGUCAUUCCAACCGACUGGCUCCAGUUUUUCUGCAGCUGAAGACAAUGAAGUUACGAAAACUGGAAUUGGAUACGAAGGAUCUCAGGAUCAGACUGAUUUCAGAGGGAAAGUUGAGGACAAAGAAUCUGUCAGUGUUGAGUCGGCUUCUUAUCAAUCCACUGCGAGCAAUGAGAAGAAUCUCCGUAUACCGACAUUCGUGAUAUCUUACACCGAGGAGCCUGACUCCAAAAAAACCAAAGGAUCGCGCAUAGAAGGACACAGUUAUACUGGGUCAACACCGAACUUCGACACCAAAACAACUCAGCCAGCUAAGUAUCCAUCAAAACCCUCGCGACCUACCGUCACACCUCAAAUCAACCUCAAAAAACCAACCUCUAAUUACAACCGCGGUAUCGUUAAGUACACGCCAGCUGACUACGAUGAAACUAGAUACUCUUCUGGCUUAUCUGGCACAGAUUCUCAUCCAAAGACUCCAGACUACGAUAUAUCUGAGAACAGUUUCCCUACUGAAAGAAACCGUUACCAGUCCACUAAUCUUCCAUCAAUCAGUAAAUCUUCUUCAUCGUUUUCCGGAUCAGGACGGUUUAAUUCUUACACAACUAAUCGGCCAGUGACAACCUACUCCAAUAGCAACAGGAAAAUCGAGCUAUCGAAAUCCGAUACAGUUUCUAAAUUCAGCGAAGUUGCUACGACCAAAACUGCGGUCGGGAAAGUAAUCGUGAAAUUCAGUGAUCUACAUCCACUUUUGUUAGGGAAACUGGGCGCAGAGUGCACGUGCAAGGCUGAUCCAUUUGCGAUCAAAGGAAACAAGCCGUUGUUGAUCGACUCGUCAAACGGGAAAGUUGAUCUGAGAAACUACGACGAGUCCGACAUUUAUGUCGACUUGGACAAGAGCAGAUCUGGAGAUUCUUACGAGUCCUAUGAAAACUAUGAGUCGCAAUCCUCAGAAGUUUUUUCUACAAAAGUUACUCCAGUUAUUGCCGAAUUUUACCACGGAAGGACAAAGACUCCGAAGAUUCGAGUAUCUACUUCAGGAUACUUGCCUGCUUCUACCACUGCCUCAUCACUUCGGGUAUCUGCCAGUGACAUAGAAUCCUACUCAACGAGAGCUAGAUCCCGGAGUGGAAAGAGUAUCGGUACUUUCAGGUCAACCAAUUCACCUUCACCGUCUGGGUCAGUCACGGAACCAACGAAUGCCAACGAUAGGGCUUCUGAAGAUAGAAUCGACUACGGAGAAGUGGGUGUUCUCGAACUGAAUCCCGAAGGCAAGGCCGAGUGUGCUCGUCCUGGAUUGUUCAGGCACCCCAAGCUCUGUAACAAAUUCUACGCGUGUCAUUGGGACAACUGGAAGAAGAAGUUCACGCUUCAUAUAUUCAAUUGUCCGAUUCAUUUGACAUUUGACAACCGCGCUGGAGCUUGCAAUUGGCCGACAAAGGGGCCAGCUUGUCAGGAUAACAAUCUAUUGGUUUAAUGAUUAGUUGUGUUGGAAAUCGGAAUUGAUUAGGUGAAUAGAGUCUCUGUAUUUAAUUUUAUGAUCACUUAAUGUUGAAAAAUUAAAACAAGGUCCAUAACCUGUAGAAAACUAAGGUCGUUUUUUUUUUUUAAAUUAACUUAAAAGGUUGUGGAGUUUGUUUCAAUUCUUAAGAGCAUUUUUUGUAAGCCAAUUUAAAGAAAGCCUUAUUGCAAUAUUCAAAUUUGUAAACCGAAUGUUUCGGAUGGUUUGAUUUUAUUUUUAAAAAAUCAUUUAUAGUAAAAUUAAUUCUUUGAGUAGUCAAUUUUUGGUAAUUAGUUGAUUAUUUUAUUAUAAACGACGAAGCGUUCGAGUUUACUAUGAAAUUUUUUAAAAAACGAGAGGAGAAUAAUUAUCAGUAGUGUAUUUGGUAAAUAUAAAUUAGUGAUUGUCGUUGAGCUGCAUGGCGAGGAGGUGAUAGUAAGUAGCACGAAAGCGUCACUGGCAUCGAGUGAAAGUCGAUCCGAAUCCACGUUGACAUGGUCCCUUAUAGAUCAAAUUAUAUAUUAUAAUAAAUAAAUAUAUGUGUAUGUGUAAGAUAAAUGUAGUUAAAAAUUCAGUGACAUUAAUUUGCUUAUAUUUUCAAAUGAUUAAUGUAUAUAACGAUGAUGUGAAUUUUAUAUUCGAAAUUUAUUAAAUUUGUAAAUAAAGUGAAAGAAUAAAAUUUGUUGUUAGUUAUUAUGAUUUUAUAAUGUCAUUGAUAUUAAGUAUUUGAAUAUGUCGUUGCGUAAAUAAUAUUUUAUUCAUGAUUAAUUAUUAAUGAGCCUUUUGUAAUACUCUCGAGUCUAUACCUCUUAAAAUAAAUAAAUAUGUUUUUAUUUCAAAUA